AUUUUUCAUUCGAACGACAGGUGCAACAAAUGUAUGGGGUUGGGGAAUUGCUAUGGAAACCUAUGGGAUGCUCUACAGUUGACUAAUGAAAAUUGAACUUUGCUACACUUUACUUUGACGUUAAACGUCGAACUCAAAGGGUUAUUGAAACCAAUUUCUCGUGUAAUUAGCGACAAUUUACGGAUAAUUAAUUACGCCAAUGUGCACCAGUGGCGACGAUAGUGUUAAAACAAGGAAUGAUACGUCGAAGAAGAAAGUGGUAUCCGCACAAAAUUUAUUUAUGAAACCAUUAUUGAGGUUGAAACAGCAAGAACAUAUUCUUGAAAAAGGAUUAAUCGGUGCAAUUAAAAAUAUGAAAAUAGACUCGAAUUUAUUACAAGAUAUCAUGCACGAGCAUACAGAGUUAUCCUUAAGAAGACAGAACUAUUUAGAUACGAUGUACAAAAAUAUAGAUAAUAUUAUUUCCGAUUUGGAUUCUGUAAAAAAUAUCGUUAAAAGUCCGGAAGAAAUAAAGAAAUUAGAUGUAAACACGUACAAAUCAAAAUUGAUCAAACUUUCGCAAAAUAUGCAGGAUUUCAAAAAAUCUUAUCCCAUUCAAACUUUAAAAGAGGAAGGGGAUGCGUUGAAUGUUGAAUUGCAAGAAUGUAACUUUAAUUUGGAAAAGUAUGAGAAAGCGCAGAAAAAUGCAACACCAUUAUUGUGUAAAACUAAAACGGAAAAUAAAAGAGAAAAAGUAGAAUUUAAAGACGUGGACGAUUUUCAUAGCCUCGUCGCGAUAACAGGUCACACGGAAAAUUGGACAUUGGAUGAUCACUUGUUUUUUUUAAAAAUGAGGAAAAAAUGCAAAAGCAUACCAACACUGGUUACAACGAUUCAGAAAAAGUGUCCAGAUUUAACAGCUGAAACUAUAGUGAAUCACGAGGCAUGGUACAAGCAUUAUGAAGAUUUGCGUGGAAAACAGAAGAUGGCAGUGAGGGAAUGGCGUCAACAAAAAGAAUUGGAGAGAAAUAACAUCGAUGAAAUUGGCCAAGAAAUUGAGCGUUGCCAUGAGAAGGAAGAUUUGGAAAAUGAAAUUCCCGAAGAGAAAACGAAGAUAAAAGUUUUCAAAAAGGGGAAGUCAAGUCAUUCAGAAACUAACAACAAUUCAAUGAAUAACAAUGAGAAAAAAGAGUUGAUUAAAAAGUGGAAAAUUGAGAAGGAAAAUAAACGUUUUAUGGACGAAGAACAGAUGAAAAUGCAAAUGAAGUUGAGGAAAGAAAGGGAAGAAAAUAAAAGGAAGAAACGUCAAGAAAAGAUUCAGGAAUCUUUGGAAGAGUACAAAAGGAAAAAAUCAAGGGAAAAUACUUUGAAAGAAACGAAUGAAAUUUAUAAAGAGAAAUGUAAAUAUAACGCAACUUUAAUUAGAGCGUUUAGGGAGCAGGAUAAAGAAUACACGGAGAAAAGGAAAAAUUUAAUUUUACGUUCAAAGAAGCCAAAGAAAAGCGACUUGGUGGAUGUGAAAAGGGUGGAACUGGUUGAAACGCGAGAUUAUUCGACAUUAUUAAAUAGUACGAAGGUUUGGAGGGAGAAAUGUAAUGGUAUCGAUGGUUCGACAAAGUAUUCGAAUGAAUUUCAAUAUAUCAAGGAUAUCCCAAAAAUGUGUAUCCGAUGGAGGAACGAAGAAUCGGAGGAUCUAAAAGUCUAAUAAGAAAUAUACCGAUUAAAAAAUGUAAAAGACAUUAGUAUAAAUGAUCGUACGUAUUAUCGUAUGCCUAAUUUAUUGUACUCGUAAAAGUUUUAUCAUUUUUAAUGGAUAACACACUAACGCGACUCAAAGUACGUAUAAAUAUACAAUUUUUUUUUCCACA